UCAGCUGUCAUCUGAGAUAAAUAAGUGUCUUGGGGAGCUGUCAUCCAUGGAGCAAGAGCUGCAGAGGCUGCGGAGGGAUGCCAGCAUGAAGUCCUCCCAGCUCAGCCGCGUGGAGGAGAUCGUGCAGAAGACCCAGGGCUUACUGGAGGAGAAGAACGACACGGGUAGGACACGGGGGGGUUAUUUUAGAUUCUUCCUUUCUUUUGUUCUUUUUUUCUUCCUUCAGUCAUUUCUUCAUUCCUUCAGUCAUUUCUUAAUUCCUUCAGUCAUUUCUUAAUUCCUUCAGUCAUUUCUUCAUUCAUUAAAAGUUACGACCUAUUUUCUUUAGGUUUCUGUGAUUCUAGAACUGAACUGAACAUAGAACGUUCUUUGUGGAAACCCCCUCCGCAGUUGUGGACUUGGAGGAGAAGCUCCACUGCUGUGAGGAGAACAGGCGGAACUCUGCGCAGCGGGCGCAGGCUCUGGAGGGACAGCUACAGGAGGUGCGCGAUGAAAUGCACGACACCCUAAAGAACCUACAGGAGCUGAGAGACCUGUUACAGCGCACGCAGCUCAGCGCAGAUGAACGACAGAUCUCACUGGAGAAACUGUCCGCCGAGCUCAGGUGAGCCUCUCUCUGUCAACUGCCCGACACACACAGACACACAGCCUUGACCGGUAGUCUCCAUUUGUUGCUUCAUUGAACAAGACAGGUCUCCCCUCAAACCUUUAGGAAAUGCUUCUUAAACCAAAUCAACUCCAAACACACAAAUAAAAGUCCCCCUCCCCAAGUACGGUCAGUGGAAAAUGUCAUAAAAUGCUAUUUCAUUCCACGUUUCAUUGAAGAAGCGCUGCCAGCACACCGGAAGUCCCACGUGCUUUCUAUGGGCAGUGUAACCAUGGCAACCGC